GUCCCCGCUAACGCGGCAGCAUCAAUGCAACAACUCCAAACAGUGCCAGAUGGCAUCUCAUACGGCACUAGGGGCCUCUUGGAGGUCAUGGACCAAUUCGGGAUCAAACCCCAGCCACUCGGAACAGAAUGGGAGCGAGACCUCAGCCCCGACUACGGCCCGCUCAACUCAGCGGCGGAUGCUGAGGGACCGACUCGCAGCACCUUCUUACCUGGACGCAGGCCCCAGCUCUCGCCACUCCGGAUCUCCCCCUUGUUCCACCUCCGACCCGCCCCCGCCAAUCCGCCCCCGCGCCUGUAUCAAUCGACGCCGCGCAACGUCGAACUCCCACCACGGCCGCCCGUCUUCACGCGGCCUCCUCCUCCGCCGCCCGCGCAACCCGAAGCCGGCCCGUCGAGGCAGCCGGCUCAGGCGGGGCCUCCGCAUCGCCGCGCGCCGUCGUGGUCGCAACUGCCCGAGGAAGGGUCCGACAACCCAUUCUUCGUCCGUCGGACCCCAACUCCUGAGCCUUCACCCUUCCCGACGGGCGCGCUCGGGCCGUAUAUUCACCAGCAACCAGUGGUACCGCGGAGCUCUGUCCCCCAGCUGCAGCCAGUCGCCGGCCCUUCAAGGCCCCGCCUCGAUCCGCACGAUGGCCGUUUUAGGCUGCCCGAGACGCCGGAGCACGUCCGCCGAGAGCGCCGCGAGCCCUUCGUGGCUCUCAGCGACGAAGAGGUCGCAGUGCGACAGCCGCGCCCCUCCGUGUCUCGGCCUCAGCGUGUCCCUCCGCCCGCAGAGAUGACCUCGUCCGAGGACCAGGAGAACGACGAGAAUGACGAGGCGGCCGCACAAGCCAUGUCUGCGCCCGCGCCCGCCGCACGAGCCGGUCCGUCGGGCCAACCCAGCAACGCUGCCGACAAUGAGGACCAGCCCACCAGCCCGCUCGGAGACGUAUACAACGCUUUCCUGGCCUUCGCGGCACAAGACGAACCCCCCGAGCCUGUCAACGAUAUGGAGCUCAAGAAGCGAGCAUACGCCACGCUCCACAGCGAAGUCAUCGACCGCCUUGACGACGACGUCGAGUCGGGCGAGUCGGAGGUUGAGGAGGACGUGGAGGACGCCAGACUCGCGGAGUUGCAGAAGCAGGUGCAUGCGGUGUACGAUGCCGCCGUCGUUGCCGCUUUUGCCGCCGACGGGGAGGCUCCGGCGCGGACCAAGGGGAUGGACAAGGCUAUCGCGCUCAAGCUCAGGGAUGAGGCCCGUGCCGCUGUCCAAAAGCUGUACGGUUUGAAGGCGAAGAGGAAGCAGCUCAACGAGAUGAUCGACUUCCUGAAGGCGCAGUCGGACUUGGUUGCAGAGUGGGUCGUCGAGAUGCAGGCGAAGCGGAUAGUCGCCGAGAGACUCAUAGCGGAGCUGAAGGACCCGGCUUCUGGCUGGCUGCAGGGGAAGUGGAGGCCGUCGCUUGCCCAGAUGAUGCUGGCUGCAGGGGAGCCUUUGCCAGACGAGGAGCCGCUGCCAGACGAGGGGCCGCUGCCAGACGAGGACGACGAGAGUGCGUUCUACUGGGACGAGAUCCCUUCCUCGGUGGAAAAACCGCAGAGGCCGGGGCCACCAGUGGACAUCGACGACGCCGAAUUCUUCGGCAGCGAAGACUUCGAGCCCCCCAGUCCGGCUCCCCUGCAGCCGGCCUUCGAGUUCCGGCCACGAGGGCCUCGCCGAGACUUCAGCUUGUCGCCCCUGCCACCGUCGUCCCCUCCCGUCUCGGAUUCAUUGCCUGCCAUCGAGCAAAGCCCGGAGCCGCCCGAUUCGGACGAGCUCGACGGCGAAUCCUUCGAGUCCCCUGACAGUGGAAGGCGCCCGAAGGCUUUCCAUCCAUCGAAAAUGGUUGACGAGGCCGAGCGAGCUACGCGCGCUCAGCCCCAGGCAGGGCCCUCCCGGCGGGCUGACGCUCCCGAGGCAGGUCCGACUGGCUCGUUCGCGCUGCGGCCUGCACGUUUUACGCCCAAGUCGGGCCGACCGUCCUUCGACGUGGAAUAUGGUUCGUCGAUCUCUCAGUUCAAGAAGCGACGACGAGGCGACGACGAGGACGAGGACGAGGACGAAGCGAGCUCCGACAGUGGUCGGGAGUCGGGUUCUGAGGGUAGUGAACACAGUGCCAUCUCUCAGCCGACGGCGGGUCCUAGCCAGCCGCGAGGCUAUAUCCCCAAGCCUGUUCCAGGUUACAACGGCUUCGAAGGCGACGACUCCGAACCGGACUAUCCAUGGGGGGGAUCCUACGACGAGCGAGACAUAUAUCGGGUUAUUGGAAGAAGAGAGAGCCUGAUCCCGUCACCCAAACGCAUUCGUCGCCGCUGAUGGUAGGCUACUGUCCUGCUUGUGUCGUGUAUAUCUGUGUAUUCCAUAUUGUAGUAUCCGUCGCGUAGUUUCUCCUCUUUUGUCCUGUUGAUCUGGGGAUUGUACAAUUAGCAUCGUGAUUUUCCUCGAGUAGCAGAGUAAUCAAAUCUUACCUCGCACGCAUGUGCAGAGGAACAGAGGACUUGCUCGUUCGUGCGUCCGUGACUGAGGAGUGACGACUCAGAGCAAC